GCAACCGGCUUUAGUGUGAUUGCAGCGCGGUGCUCGCUGGUGUCCAGCAGGUGGCGCUGUGUGGCGCCGCUGCAGCGCGGAGCUCCGGGAGACUCUCACACUCGGGCGCUGAUUCUCUCUGGUACUCGCCUGAUCCCGAGUCCGGCGCUUCUCGUUUUUCUCGCCACAGUAUAACCGAGUAAUGGACUCGGACGAGGGGUACAACUAUGAGUUUGACGACGAGGAAGAGGAGUGUAGCGAGGACAGCGGCGAGGAGGAGGCCGACGACACGCUGGAUCUGGGAGAGGUGGAGCUGGUGGAGCCGGUGGUGGCCGGAGGAGACCGGGGCGAGUGUGGGGAGAACGGCGGCGGCAGCGGCGGAGGCGGCGGCCUGGGGGGCCUCGGGGCCGGGCAGGAUGAGGAGGAUUACCGGUUCGAGGUGUUAACCACGGAGCAGAUCCUCCAGCAUAUGGUGGAGUGCAUACGGGAGGUCAACGAGGUGAUCCAGAACCCAGCAACUAUAACCAGAAUACUCCUCAGUCAUUUCAACUGGGACAAAGAAAAGCUUAUGGAAAGGUAUUUUGAUGGAAAUCUCGACAAGUUGUUCUCAGAGUGCCAUGUUAUUAACCCCAGCAAAAAGGCGAGGACGCGACCCAUGAGUACACGCUCCUCCAAUCAGGACAUGCACUGCCAGAUUUGCUAUCUCAACUUCCCAAACUCGUAUUUUACAGGUUUGGAAUGUGGGCACAAGUUCUGCAUGCAGUGCUGGGGGGACUACCUGACUACCAAAAUUAUUGAGGAGGGGAUGGGGCAGACAAUCUCAUGUCCUGCUCACAACUGUGAUAUUUUGGUAGAUGACAACACUGUAAUGCGGCUGAUCACUGAUUCAAAAGUGAAGUUAAAGUACCAACAUCUAAUCACUAACAGUUUUGUAGAGUGUAAUAGACUUUUAAAAUGGUGUCCAGCCCCUGACUGCCAUCAUGUGGUUAAGGUCCAGUAUCCAGAUGCCAAACCAGUGCGCUGUAAAUGCGGGAGACAGUUCUGCUUCAAUUGUGGAGAAAACUGGCAUGACCCUGUGAAAUGUAAAUGGUUGAGAAAGUGGAUUAAGAAAUGUGAUGACGACAGUGAAACCUCUAAUUGGAUUGCAGCAAAUACCAAGGAGUGUCCCAAAUGUCAUGUGACGAUUGAGAAGGACGGCGGCUGUAACCACAUGGUGUGCCGUAACCAGAACUGUAAGGCUGAGUUCUGCUGGGUUUGUCUCGGGCCGUGGGAGCCGCACGGCUCGGCCUGGUACAACUGCAAUCGCUACAAUGAAGACGAUGCAAAGGCUGCCAGAGACGCCCAGGAGCGGUCCCGCGCAGCGCUCCAGCGCUAUCUCUUCUACUGCAACCGCUACAUGAACCACAUGCAGAGCCUGCGCUUUGAGCACAAGCUGUACGCGCAGGUCAAGCAGAAGAUGGAGGAGAUGCAGCAGCACAACAUGUCGUGGAUCGAAGUGCAGUUUCUGAAGAAGGCCGUGGACGUGCUGUGCCAGUGUCGCUCCACGCUCAUGUUCACCUACGUCUUUGCUUUCUACCUCAAGAAGAACAACCAGUCCAUCAUCUUUGAGAACAAUCAGGCUGACCUGGAGAAUGCCACAGAAGUGCUGUCUGGAUAUCUGGAACGAGACAUCUCCCAGGACUCUCUGCAAGACAUCAAACAGAAAGUCCAGGAUAAGUAUAGAUACUGUGAGAGUCGACGGCGGGUGCUGCUGCAGCAUGUGCACGAGGGCUAUGAGAAGGACUUAUGGGAGUACAUAGAGGACUGAGGAGGAUUCCUUCUAAGCAUAAACUUUCUGCAAGGAAAUGAACCUUCAGCGGUUCAGAGCGCUGUGGUGGUUCGUCAUCACGACUCGGCUCUCGGCCAUCUCCACAGAUCCUCUCCAUCUCGCAUCCUCUUCUUCAUGGCUGUUCAUUUUUUGUUUGUUUUUAUUGAGAAUUUAAGUUAAUUUUAUUUUAAUAAAAAGAUAGACUAUUAAACCUCCCCAACCCCCCACCCCCAACGUCAGUAUUGCAGUUUGCGGCAGAGUUGAUUGUGAAACACGGCGAGGAAAUGUAUUCUUCCCUUCUACAGUAGUUUUUGUGGCAAAUUGACAAUAUGUUUUUAUUUUAUUAUAUUUAUCUAGUUCUUUUUCAAUAGUUUGUUAUGAAAUGAGCUUAAGCAGAACGUGUAGUUUGUGUUGGGAACGCUUGUAUGCGUGGCUUAAAGCUUUCUUCUUGUUCUCUUUAAUAAGAGAAAAGGGCCUUUAGGGAAGGAGACACAGACUUUGAGCUGUAAAUAAUACCGUAUGUGCAUGGAACGUGGCUAGGGACGCAUUUCUUUACGUUCUUCUUUUUUAAUUCUUAUUAUUUAUUCUUUACAGAUAUUCAAGAAUGUGUUUGAAACCCUGUGUGGCGGGGCACAUUUCAGCUUCAGUAAUGUAGGUUUAAUUUGUUUUUGGUUGCAUUUGAAUUCUAGAGGUGCAGAAAUCUAUGAAUGAAAAUGUGAUCUCGGACAGCAAACAGGAACCUUAACUGUGCGUCGUCUGAUGUAACGCGCUUGAUUGGUAACUCUGAGCCACGCCUAGGAGUCAAAUAGCAGCAGAGCUACUCUGAAGGUGAACAUAGAAAAAGAUCUUUUGACUCGUCCGCUGGAACACAACCUGUCGGCUAACCUUAAUCUGCUCACCUACCUGUACAUUUGUUAAUUAACAUUCAGACCCGCCCACCGCCCCUUUCCUAAAACAGCUGUGAUGUGGUGGGUAACACACUUCCCGCUGUUUCAUGAGAGCAAACCUGAGUGAUAUUCACUCAAAUUCAGAACAGUGCACGUUUCUACAGCUUUUACCAUGUUCUGUCUUUUCUCGUUAUUUUCUUUUUUCUUGUUAUUAAUGCACCUGCACCUUUUGAGUGUUUGGGGAAGCUGAAAGCAUGUUAAAAGCAAUGUUCUGACACUACACUCGCCAGCCAAGUGGUGACUGUUUAGAAUUGCUUCUUGCCAAAACUGAUUUAAAGCAAUACUUCAGUUUUUCAACCUAAACUGUGUCACGGUUUUAGCGUUUGGUUGAUUACCAUGCUCUCCAAACUUCAAAAUUUAUAUAAAAUGUGUGGAUGUAAAACAUUUUAUUUUAUUUCAAAUUUUUAUCCCUAAUUUACAAGGUCAAUUACCCAACCCACUCAUUAAAACAACCCUUAUCCCUACUGAUGCCCCAACACCAGGAGGGUGAAGACUAGCACAUGCCUCCUGCAAUACAUGUGAAGUCAGCCACUGCCUUGUUUCAAGCUGCUGUUGAUGCAGCAUUGUCGGGUAGCAUCACAAUGCUCUCGGAGGAAAGCGCAGCAAAAGUCUUGUUCUGAUCGACACCACCCUUUAGAGUGAUGUGGUGAGAGAGUGCCAUCUACCCAUCCAGAGAGAGCAAGGCCAAUUGUGCUCUCUCAGGGCUCCGGCAGCCAAUGGCAAGCUACAUGAACAGGAUUCGAACCAGCAAUCUCCCGAUCGUAGUGGCAGUGGCUUAGCCCGCUAAACCCCUGGCGCCCCACAAUAGAAGUCUAUGAAAGCUCAUGGGCAGUCACUUUAGAACUCAGUGGAAAUCUAUGCACAGUCAGUUGUCCUGGUUUCAAUGGAAUCCUGAUGAUCAAUUGUCAGUGGAAGCCUAUGAGUAGAAAAUGAUUGGUCGCCAUGAUCAACUGCUACUGAUUUAUUUCUAUCAGCACUUCUUCCUCUUUGUUCAAUCCUGGGGAAGUUUGGUUCAUGGUGAUGGACUGUAAGGUGCAGCCGUGAUUUCUUAUUAGGUUGAAAAUGCAGAGUUGUUUCUUUAAAUGAGAGAAAGCUUGUGUAGUGGCUGGAAGUUGGCCAGUUCUAAAACAAAGAAAUGCUAACAACACUAAUGUACAGGAAAACAGAUCACAUGGUCCGUUUGUACAACUAAAUCUGGUUUGGGUGCAGGACUGUCAGUGUUUUACUCUGUUUUUCAGAUGUUUUUUUUUUUUUUGUUUUUAUUUGUUAAAUUUCAUAAACACUGUUUUGAGUGCUUGGUAAUUCUCCCCAGUGCAUCAAACACCUGCGUCUGUAUCUGAACCUGAUUUGUGAGGUAGUUUGACAGCUUUUACUAACGGUCAUUGUUACACACAUGGCUUUGUUUGGAAAAUGUGUUGGCUGGAGUGUACAUAGUCAUGUGCUUCGUCCUGAAACCCCUCACCGGGAGAAUCCUGAAGGAUCCAGUGUUGGCUAUGCCGGGCGAUCUCUUCACCAAAGUGUGAAAUAAAAACUACGCGGCGAAUACUGACUCUGAUCAGAGACGUGUUCAUUUCCAGUGGCUUUCAUGUGUUAUAACCAUUCUUACAAACAAAAAAUGUCCUAUUUAAAUAAAUCUCAUUCAAAAACUA